AUGUCGUCUGUGGAAGAAUUGACUAAACUGUUUUCACAGAUUGGGUUUGAAGAUAACAAAAUCAAGGAGAUUGUCAAAAAUAAAAAGGUUUCCGAUUCUCUUUACGAAUUAAUAAAGAACACACCCUCCGAUAAUCGAUGGGAUAAAUCCAGCAGAGCGUUAGUACACAACUUAGCUUCCUUCAUCAAAGGUGCAGAUCUUCCCAAGUCUGAAUUGAUUGUUGACGGUAUCAUCAACGGUGACUUGAAGACAUCUUUGCAAGUCGAUGCCGCAUUCAAAUAUGUGAAGGUUAACGGCGACGCAUCCACCAAGGAGGGCAUGAACGAAAACUCUGGUGUGGGUAUUGAGAUCACUGAGGAUCAAGUCAGGAAUUACGUCAUGCAAUACGUUCAGGAAAAUAAAGAAAGAAUUUUAAAAGAACGUUAUAAGUUAGUACCAGGCAUUUUUGCUGAUGUUAAAAACUUGAAGGAGCUAAAAUGGGCCGAUCCACGUAGUUUUAAGCCGAUCAUCGACCAAGAAAUUUUGAAGCUCCUAGGCCCAAAGGAUGAGAGAGACCUGGUCAAAAAAAAGACUAAAAACAACGAAAAGAAAAAAGCCACUCCUGCCAAGAAAAGUCCUGAUAGUCCCACCUUAUCCGACCCAAAGAGAACCAUGUUCAAUGAAGGUUUCUUGAAGGAUUUACAUAAAGUUGGCGAAAACCCACAAGCUUAUCCAGAGCUAAUGAAAAAACAUCUCGAGGUCACUGGCGGUAAAGUUCGCACCAGAUUCCCGCCGGAACCAAAUGGAUAUUUGCAUAUUGGUCAUUCCAAAGCUAUCAUGGUCAACUUUGGCUAUGCCAGAUAUCACAAUGGUACCUGCUACUUGAGAUUCGACGAUACUAACCCCGAAAAAGAAGCUCCCGAAUAUUUCGAAUCUAUAAAGAGAAUGGUCUCUUGGUUAGGCUUUAAGCCAUGGAAAAUUACUUACUCCAGUGAUUAUUUUGAUGAACUAUACGGACUGGCUGAAGUAUUGAUCAAUAACGGCAAGGGUUAUGUCUGUCAUUGUACUGGUGAAGAAAUCAAAAGAAGCCGUGGUAUCAAAGAAGAUGGUACCCCAGGUGGAGAAAGAUUUGCCUGUAAGCAUCGUGAUCAAUCGAUAGAACUAAACUUGAAAGAGUUCAGAGAUAUGCGGGAUGGCAAAUACAAACCUGGUGAAGCUAUAUUAAGAAUGAAACAGGAUCUAAGUUCACCAAGUCCACAGAUGUGGGAUUUGAUUGCUUAUCGAGUCUUGAAUGCUCCACACCCAAGAACCGGUACUAAGUGGAAAAUUUACCCCACUUAUGAUUUUACCCAUUGUUUGGUGGAUUCCAUGGAAAACAUUACACAUUCUUUAUGCACCACCGAAUUUUACCUAUCCAGAGAAAGUUACGAAUGGUUGUGUGACCAGGUUCAUGUGUUUAGGCCGGCUCAAAGGGAAUAUGGUCGUUUGAAUAUUACUGGUACUGUCCUGUCUAAAAGAAAAAUUGCUCAACUAGUGGAUGAAAAAUUUGUCAGAGGAUGGGAUGAUCCAAGAUUAUUCACUCUUGAAGCUAUCCGUAGACGUGGUGUCCCACCUGGAGCUAUUUUAUCUUUUAUAAACACUUUGGGUGUCACAACAAGUACAACAAACAUUCAAGUUAUUAGAUUUGAGAGUGCAGUUAGGAAGUAUUUAGAGGAUACUACACCAAGAUUAAUGUUUGUGUUGGAUCCUAUUGAAGUGGUGGUGGAUAACUUACCUGAUGAUUACGAAGAAUUGGCAAUUAUUCCAUUCAGACCUGGUACUUCAGAAUUUGGCGAAAGAACCGUGCCAUUCACUAACAAAUUCUACAUCGAAAGGUCAGAUUUCUCAGAAAAUGUUGAUGAUAAGGAAUUCUUCAGAUUAACUCCAAAACAACCAGUAGGUUUAAUCAAGGUUUCGCACACAGUUUCCUUCAAGAACUUAGAAAAAGAUGAAAGUGGUAAAAUUACAAGAAUCCACGUUAGCUAUGAUAACAAGGUCGAGGAAGGUAUAAAGUCGAAGAAACCAAAAACCUAUAUCCAAUGGGUCCCAGUUUCUUCUAAAUACAAUUCACCAUUGAGAGUUGCUGAAACGAGAAUUUACAAUCAAUUGUUCAAAUCUGAAAAUCCAUCCUCUCAUUCUGAAGGCUUCUUGAAGGAUAUUAAUCAAGAAAGUGAGGUCGUAUAUAAAGAAUCGGUCAUGGAGCACAACUUUGGCCACGUUAUUAAAAAUAGUCCAUGGGUCGUUGAUUCUGUAAAAAAUUCAGAAUUUUAUGUUGAAGAAGAUAAAGAAUCUAAGGAAGUUUGUAGAUUUCAAGCUAUGAGAGUGGGCUAUUUCACUUUGGAUAAAGAGAGUUCGAAUGAUAAGGUUAUCUUGAAUAGAAUUGUUAGUUUGAAGGAUUCUGCUUCCAAGUAA